GUGGAGAUGAUCUAUUCCAGGCUCGGCCGUUCUAUCUCGCGGUCCUGCGUGCGUUCCAGAUUAGGAAGGGGCGGCGAUCUUCUACGACUGUGUGACAGUAAAUUUGUGUCUUCUACGACUGAAACGACUCUUCCACCGCUUUAUGGUUUGAGGGGUUAUCUAACUUCACUUGGAGGGAGAGGGGGGAAGGCUCUUCAGGAAAGGACCCUCCAUGGUGACUGGAGAUUUCUGUUAGGGCAUCCUAGUUUUAGAAGAUUGUUUUCCAGUAAGCCUGGGGAUAGAAAGAAUUACGAGAAUUACUACCCAAAGGAGCAGAAGGAUAUUCCGAAAGGCAGUGAGAAUGAAAAAUCGGAUUCCAAAGAGGACUCAAACGCUGAUGACCAAGGAAAUUUUCAAGAAAAUUUCUUAAAGCAGUUGCAGAAUUAUGCAACUCCACUGAUAUUUAUCGGAUUAUUGUUUUCAUCAUUGUCUUUUGGCUCACAUGAGCAAAGAGAGCAGAUUAGCUUUCAAGAGUUCAAGAACAAAUUGUUGGAGCCCGGUUUAGUCGAUCAUAUUGUCGUGUCAAAUAAAUCCGUUGCGAAAGUUUAUGUUAAGAACUCGCCGCAGGGCAGCAUGCAGCAAACAAGAGACGAGGAAUUUCAAGGCACCACGACAGAGGUACCGAGGCGCGGCACUAGCCAAUAUAAGUUUUACUUUAAUAUCGGAAGUGUAGAAUCAUUUGAGGAGAAGUUGGAGGAAGCUCAGGAAGCUUUAGGGGUAGAUCCUCAUGACUAUGUUCCCGUAACAUACGUUUCUGAAAUUAAUUGGUUUCAAGAGGUGAUGAGGUUUGCUCCCACAGCUUUUCUCGUUGGUCUCAUCUACCUACUCGGGCGAAGAAUGCAAGGUGGACUCAGCAUUGGUGGCGGUACAGGGCGAGGAAAUCGUGGUAUUUUUAAUAUUGGAAAAGCUCAGGUGACCAAGAUGGAUAAGAAUUCUAAAAAUAAGGUAUAUUUCAAAGAUGUGGCUGGAUGUGAUGAGGCUAAAGAAGAAAUCAUGGAGUUUGUUCAUUUUCUAAAAAACCCCAAGAAGUAUGAAGAGUUGGGUGCUAAAAUUCCCAAAGGCGCACUUCUUGUAGGUCCUCCAGGAACGGGCAAGACUCUUCUGGCGAAAGCAACGGCAGGUGAAUCUGGCGUACCCUUUCUAUCGAUAGCAGGAUCAGAUUUUAUGGAGAUGUUUGUUGGCGUCGGGCCUUCGAGGGUCCGGAGCUUGUUUCAAGAAGCCAGACAGUGUGCUCCAAGUAUAAUUUUUAUUGACGAGAUUGACGCGAUAGGUCGUGCACGAGGUCGUGGCGGGUUUUCUGGUUCCAAUGAUGAACGCGAAAGCACCCUGAACCAGUUGCUGGUUGAGAUGGAUGGAUUUGGGACGACAUCAGGUGUCGUUGUUCUUGCAGGAACCAAUAGACCCGACAUUUUGGACAAGGCUUUACUUAGACCCGGUAGGUUUGAUCGGCAGAUUUCGCUUGAUAAACCUGAUAUAAGAGGCCGCGAACAAAUUUUUCGUAUUUAUCUGAAGAAGAUCAAGCUUGACAAUGAUCCAUCAUUUUACUCCGAAAGGCUUGCCGCCCUGACUCCUGGAUUUGCUGGUGCGGACAUUGCAAAUGUUUGUAAUGAAGCUGCGCUAAUUGCAGCUAGAAAUGAAGAUUUGACGGUUACGGUGCAGCAUUUCGAAGCGGCCAUAGAUAGGGUGAUUGGUGGUUUGGAGAAGAAGAACAAGGUAAUUAGCAAGCAGGAGAGGCGAACCGUUGCUUAUCACGAGUCGGGCCAUGCUGUUGCUGGAUGGUUUUUGGAGCAUGCCGAGCCGCUUCUCAAGGUCACAAUUGUUCCCAGAGGAACUGCGGCUCUAGGAUUUGCGCAGUAUGUGCCUAAUGAAAACCUUCUUAUGACCAAAGAGCAACUUUUUGACAUGACAUGCAUGACAUUAGGUGGCCGUGCUGCCGAAGAGGUUCUGUUAGGGAAGAUCUCCACCGGUGCUCAGAACGACCUGGAGAAAGUCACCAAAAUGACCUACGCGCAGGUUGCAGUAUACGGCUUCAGCGAGAAGGUGGGUCUUCUUUUCCCUCCAAGGGAAGAUUCCUUCGAGAUGAACAAACCGUACAGCAAUGAAACCGCAGCCAUCAUCGACAAUGAGGUCAGAGAGCGCGUCUCCAAUGCCUACGAAAGAACGCUGCAACUCGUAAAAGAACACAAGGAUCAGAUCGCCCAAAUCGCCGAGCUCCUGCUGGAGAAGGAGGUCCUCCACCAGGAAGACCUCCUCAGCGUCCUCGGCGAGCGGCCCUUCAAAGCCAGCGAGCCCACCAAUUACGAUCGGUUUAAGUUCGGGUUCGGAGAGAAGGAGCAGCAGGGCUCGAAAUCUGAGAAGAGGGAGACGGAGGUGGACGAUGAUGAUUCUCCCUCGCUUGCAGGAGAGGUCUUGCCAGCGUAGGUUUUUGUGGUGUUUCAUGAAAUGUAUAUUGUGAGAGAUUGUUGAUUUAUUUCAAUAAGUUAUAUUUAUAACUUGGUGAUGUACAGACUCUGGGCUGGCUUUUUCAUUCUGUUUUUAGUAGGCUGUUUUUUUCUUCUUCUUUUUAAUCUCCACAAACUCAUGACAU